UAAUACCCAAUAUUAAUAUUCCAAUUUGCCUUUAAAAAUGCUUUUGGCACGUCUAGCGCAAGGCUUGCCAGCCCGUUCGCCGCGUCUGCUCUGCAGAAAUCCCCUCAGCAACGGCCAUGGAUUCUGGAGAUCGACGCUGCAGUCGCCACGUUGCCGACCUAAUACAAUCAAGGCUGAGGCACCAAAUCAAUUUAACUUGUUGCCUAAGCGUUCGAAUGGCAGACGCAACUUCUCCGAAGAUUCGCAGAACAACAAUCGCACCAAGUUGGAGCAGCGUACGAGGUCGCCCAGCCUGAAGGAACGCCUGAUGGGGCCGCCCGGCGAGAAUGCCUACUCCAUGGGCAAGGGAGCAGCAGCUGGAGCCGCUCUAAUGGGCAUUGUCGCACUUUGCUAUUACGGCUUGGGUAUGGCCCAACAGCCCAGUAUCUAUGAUCAUACGGUGAUGUGGCCGCAGUACGUGAGGGAUCGCAUACAUGCCACUUAUGCCUACUUUGGUGCCUCAUGCGCCCUUACAGCUGCCUCGGCAGCAUCUGUCUUCCAAUCGGAGCAGCUGCUGCAGCUGAUCAUGCGCAGCGGUUGGAUAGCCACCCUGGUGACCAUGGGCCUAGUUAUGGGCACGGGCGCCCUGACUCAGGCCAUUGAAUAUGAGCCGGGCCUGGGACUCAAGCAGCUGGCCUGGGCAUUGCAUUGUGGUGUUAUGGGCGCCGUCAUUGCGCCCAUUUGCUUCAUGGGCGGUCCCAUUCUGGUGCGUGCCCUGCUCUAUACGGGCGGCAUUGUGGGCGCCCUGUCGACGGUGGCCGCGUGUGCACCCAGCGACAAAUUCCUGCACAUUGGCGGCCCAUUGGCAAUUGGAUUGGGUGUCAUUUUUGCCUCAUCGCUGGCCUCGAUGUGGCUGCCACCGACGACAGCGCUUGGCGCCGGCUUGGCCUCUCUGUCCCUGUACGGCGGCCUGAUCCUCUUCAGCGGUUUCCUGCUCUACGACACACAGCGCAUCGUGAAGGCAGCUGAGCAGCAACCGGAGCACGGAUACGUUCGCUAUGAUCCCAUCAAUAAUGCAUUGGCAAUCUAUAUGGAUGCCCUGAAUAUCUUUAUACGCAUAGCCGUUAUUUUAUCAUCGGGAGAUCAGCGCAAGAAAUAGCUUAAUGGAGAGUGGAAGGCCGACAUUUCGAAAUUGCUUGAGUAUUUUUUCACUGAUUACAGUUUUGUUACAAAAUUAAGUCUUCAAUUUGAGCUUUGGCACAUUCGAAAUACACACCAUAAAAGAGAGACAGCUUCUAGAUAGUGUAUCUUUAAGAUGCCACUAUAUAAUAAAAAUAAAAACAAGAUUAACAACCUGAA